UUAGGGAAAAAAGACAGCUCUGGAAUCCAACUCGACGAAUUUCCUUUCCUUUGCUGGGUAUCCUUUCGGUUUCGCUUUUACCGCACCCCAUUUUCCUCCCCUUUUCUCUCGAUUUCGACACCCAUCAACCCCAUUUCUCCCUCUCUUCCAGAUCUGCUCUGCAUUGGAUUCGAUUCGAGGAGGCGCUCGUAGUUUCCGCCGGGCAAUUAAUUACGCCGAAAAGGUUUGCUGAUUUUGCUUCUCCUGAGGGAAGGGUGACAUGAAGAAGGCGAUCGAUCAAACUGUUCGUGACAUCAAGAGAGGGGUCAACAAGAAAGUUCUUAAAGUUCCUUCGAUUGAACAGAAGGUUCUUGAUGCGACUAGCAAUGAGCCCUGGGGCCCUCAUGGAUCGAUUCUUGCUGAAAUUGCACAUGCUUCUAGAAACUACCAUGAAUAUCAGAUGAUUAUGUCAGUAAUCUGGAAGCGUAUAAAUGAUACUGGAAAGAAUUGGCGGCAUGUAUACAAGGCUUUGACUGUUUUGGAGUACUUGGUGGGGCAUGGAUCUGAACGAGUUAUAGAUGACAUCAGGGAACAUGCAUAUCAAAUAUCUACAUUGUCAGAUUUUCAAUAUAUCGAUUCCAGUGGGAAAGACCAGGGAAGCAAUGUUAGAAAGAAAUCUCAAAGUCUUGUAGUUCUUGUAAAUGACAAGGAAAGGAUACAAGAAGUUCGCCAGAAGGCUGCUGCUAAUAGGGAUAAGUAUCACAGUGCUUCCCCAGGUAGUAUGUAUCGGCCAGGUUCUGGGGGAUAUGGAGGGUAUGGCGACAAGUAUGACGAUGAUCGUUAUGAAGGUCGGUACCGGGAUGAUGACCGGAAUGGCAAUGGAAGAGACAAAGAAUGGGGUUCCCGAGAUGAUGAUAGAUAUGGUCGGUAUGGAGAUUCAUAUGGCCGCGAGGGAGGGAGGUAUGGUAGGGAUUAUGAAGAGCGUUAUGGCCGAGAUGGAUAUAGGGAUGAUGACUACAGAGGAAGAAGUCAAAACAAUGAUGAUUAUAACUACAAUUCGAGAAGUGCUGAUCGAGAUAGGAAUAAUGCAAAUGAGGAUGAUGGCCAACAAUCGUCAAGAGGAAGUGGGGGUAAAGAAGAUGAUCAUCCUCAAGAAGGAAGUACGAUGGGUGAGAAGGCUGAUGUUAAAUAUUCUGGUCAAAGUUCUGGUGCUCCUCCAAGUUAUGAUGAUGCUGUUAAUGCUGGUCGCAGCCCUAGCUAUAAUGACAGGGAUAAGGAACCAAAUGCACCUCAAGAAUCCGUUGAUGGCCAUUCUACCACUACUGCAGCUCCAACCGCUGCCCCUGCUUCCCCACCUGCUCCUGCUUCUACUUCAGUGUCUGGACCUACCAUUUCUCCUCCGACAUCUGCUGUUCAGCAUAGCUACCAGGAAUUUGAUAGCUUCGAUGAAUUUGAUCCAAGAGGGCCCCCUUCAGCUUCCCCGACUACAAGUACCACUGUUCCUGUGGCUGCUGCAGAAAUGGACUUGUUAGGCUCAUUGUCUGAUGCUUUUUCCCCGAAUGCAUUGUCUGUUGUGCCUGUUAGUCACUCUACCAUGACCACUGAAGCUAAUGGCUCAGCAAGCUUUAAUUCCGGGGUUGCAUAUGAUGCUGCACCAGCAGCUACACCAGCUGGAAAUCAGCCCUUUGAUGAUCCAUUUGGGGAUGGUCCAUUUAAAGCUCUUCCUUCAACAGAAAAUGAAUCGGCUCCGUCACAGUUCACUGCAGCUGCUAAUUCCUUCAAUGCAAACUCAAGUCAUAAAGUUGGCGUACCCCAGCCAGCUCCUCCGAAUGCAACAAGUGAAUUUGGUGGAACUUUCAAUGAUGCAUCUUUCAUGUCAUCUGGUCCUUCUGGUGUCCAACAACCUACAGCCGCUCAGUUUCCAAAGCAGGAGCUGUCAGCCCCUAGCCAGGAGAUUGACAUAUUAGCAGACAUUCUCCCGCCAUCUGAACCAUCAACACAAGCUGGUUAUCUUGUUCCAAGUGGCCAAUCUAUUCCUCACAAUGGUUUUCCUUAUCAAACCCAUCAACAGACAUCGCAAGCAGAGUUGUCAUCUUAUACUGGCCACAAUGCAAUGCCAAGCAGUCUCCAACCCCAAACUGGGCAACCUUCCGGUUUUCCUCAACAUGUUCCGCCUUCACCGCAUAUGGGAUAUUCUUCUUCAGUAGAACCUGUUUCACAAACUGGUUUUCCAGCCCAAAUGAUGCCUUCAAACUCUCCAUUUCAAGCUGGUCAAGCACAACAAAUGGGUAUUCAUUCUCAAGGUGGUUCCAUGCAGCCGAACAUGCAAAAUCCCAACUUCUAUGGUACUUACAAUUCCCAGUCUCUAUCUGCACGCCCGGCUUCUGGUUAUAUGGUUCCUCCUGGCUCUACUGGAACCCCAACCCACCACAAUUUUCCUUCUCAAUCGAGCAUGGGAGUUUCUGCCACUUCACAAAUGGGUGCUCAAGCUCCACAGAUGCAAUCUAGUAGCUAUGUGGCUCCAGUAUCAAGCAGUUCAUCUUCAAUGGCCCUUGCUACGGCUCCUCAACCAUCGAAAUCCAAGUUUGAGACAAAAUCAGCUGUUUGGGCAGACACACUGAGCCGCGGACUGGUUGAUCUGAAUAUUUCUGGACCAAAAGCAAAUCCGUUGGCUGAUAUUGGGGUUGACUUUGAUUCUAUAAAUCGCAAGGAGAAAAGGAUGGAAAAACAGACCCCUACCACAGCAACAUCAACUGUUACCAUGGGCAAAGCCAUGGGGUCCGGUUCAGGCAUGGGCCGUGCUGGUGCUAGUGCUCUCCGUGCUCCUCCAAAUCCAAUGAUGAAUCCUGGUGUAAAUAUGGGCAUGGGUGGCGGCGGCGGCCCUGUUGCUGGCUAUGGCAUGGGAGGCUAUGGAAUGAACCAACCCGUUGGUCGGGGAAUGGGGAUGGGUAUGGGUAUGGGUAUGGGUAUGGGAAUGGGAAUGAAUGCGCCACCCAGUAAUAUGGGUAUGGGAAUGAACAUGGGUAUGGGCCAGGGAAUGAACAUGCAACAGCCGAUGGGGUAUCCUCCUGCUGGGGGCUAUAAUCAUAUGGCUGGGCCUGGUUACCCUCAACACCCACAAGGUGGCGGGUAUCGAUGAGCAGAAACUGCAGUGCCGUAUAGUUCUGCUACUUAUAAGAAAAAGAAAAAAAAAAAAAAGAGUUGAUCAUAAAACUGUGGUCUUACAGCAGCAGCAGCAUCAUAUACAAAACAAAUCUGGCAAGCUAUAUAAGGUUUGGUUUCUCUUGUAACUUUAAUGUCGAAUAUCUGUCUGUAUAAUUGGCGUGUAUUCAUUCUUUUCUUUUCAAGGCUUUUGUAUUGUUCUCAUUUACCACUGCACUAUAAUUUUUGGUCGUUGCUCGCUCUUUGUGUGUGCCCCUUAAAAGUUCCCGGUACAAUGUGAUAUUGUAUAUUGUUUGGAAUGUGAGAGUUAAACCUUGUUCCUCA